GUUUGCGCAAUAAACAGCUGUUCGUCAAGUAGGAAAUUAAGUUGCUUUGUUCAUUCCCGAGACAUCAGCUAACUGUGACAAAGAAAGUAGUCGACUCUUACUAGGCCUGUACCAUAGUCAACUUGUAGAAUACAGAACAAAAAUAUCAGAGGCCUUUAUCCUAUUGAUCUCCCAGAUGAUCUUGUAAAUUUCAAUAGGAUUACCUCCUACCAUACUUUUCUCAAGAAAAAAAGAAUUGGCAAACCAGCAAGCUAGUCUUCUUGUUCAAAGAGCUGGUUGAGCAACCACAUCAUCAACAGGAGAAAACUAGAGGAGCAUUAACAUAUGUAUAUGAAAAGAAGUGUGGAUGCAUCUAAUUAUUUGCGUUCUUGGAUUUUUUUCAAGGAUUUUGUGUGAUAUUUGUUUUCCAGUCAAAUGGUAAUGAAUAUUUAAGACUUGAAGUUACACAUUUGAUGGUCAAACCAUUGUGUAAGAGUAAUUUCUAGUGAGUGAAUAAACCAUGGUGAAAACAUUUCAAGCUUAUUUACCUAACUGUCACCGUACAUACAGCUGUAUCCAUUGCAGAGCCCACCUAGCCAAUCAUGAUGAGCUGAUUUCAAAGUCAUUCCAAGGAAGUCAGGGUCGUGCCUAUCUCUUCAACUCUGUCGUCAAUGUGGGCUGUGGACCAGCUGAAGAAAGGGUGCUGUUGACUGGUUUACAUGCUGUUGCAGAUAUCUAUUGUGAAUGCUGCAAGACCACAUUGGGCUGGAAAUAUGAACAUGCCUUUGAAUCCAGUCAGAAAUACAAAGAGGGAAAGUUCAUCAUCGAGCUGGCUCACAUGAUUAAAGAAAAUGGAUGGAAUUGACAGUGUUGUAGGAUAAGGUUUGAUAGAUGUUUAGCUGGAACUAACCAUGAAAACCUCCAGAUUGUGUGUUGAUUUAUUAGUUUUCAGUUUUGGGAAUGAGAAGAAAUAGUGCAUACCAUUGAUGCUGGAACAUUCUGUCAUGCAGGCCCUGGCAUUUGCAUAACACAUGAAGAGAGAGAUUUACAUGUGUAUCUUAUUCUCAAGUUAACAGUGUCUAUAUUUGAAAUGUUUUACUACUGACAGUGGCAUAUCUUGCUCAUUCAUUUCUGAUGUGAUCUGCUUUGUCCUAAAAAAUAUUUUCAUCAACAAAGUGUAUUUCUCUUCAAACUUUACUUACUGACAAGUUUUUUUUUAUCAUCAUCUCGGGCAUCUGUAGAUACGUCUUAAAUGCAGAUGAGACACUAAAAUAAAAGUAACACAUUUUUGUACAUCUGUACCAUUCUACCAUUAGAAUUGACUACUACAAGGGGUUGUGCAGUCUCAUUUUCUUUUUAAUGUUUUUUUACUAUUUAGUUUUUGAAGAUAUGAUUUUUGUCUGUCAUUGUAAAUACUUGUGUAUCUAUAUAUAUAAUUCAUUUUUUUUUAUAGAGUUCAUUGUGGCUUUGGUAAAGAGGCUUUAAAUUUUUAGUUAAUAAGUAUCCAAAAAGAUUUGAAAAUUAUAAGUGUAGCAUUUAAGACUAAAGAUUGGAUUUGUUCUUGUAAAAAAUGAUGAUAAAUAAACUGUGUAUGUUCGUACUGUUACAUGUUAUGUACAGUUGUAAGUGAAUGGAUAGCAGCUUGUUUGUCCCUGAUACAUUGCUUAAAUUCAUGACUUUAUUUUGCAGUAUGUACAACAUAUCAUCAUAUUUAACAUGUUAAAGCCUUAAAAAUGGUUUAAGAUUCUUUCCAUUUGCCUAAGAGUUCUUAAGGAAAUAUUUUUUCACCAUUGUAUUGCCAUUUAUGUGAUAACAGAGUAGAUUGAAAUAUAAGAGAUACACUUGUGUACCUUAAGUUUUUUUAAAGAGUCAUUACUGUAACUUUGCAUUUAUAAUAUGUAAAAAUAAAUGUGAAGGUGAUAAAUGAACUUGUAUUAUUAUAUUCCAUAAUAACUUAAUGGCAACCCUUUAGUAAAAAUAUUUCAUUGUAAAAUGCCCCGACCUAUUAAUCAGGUUAAACAAGACAGGUAUUAAGAUAAAAUCUUUUUUUUUUGUUAUACUUAAUGUAGCUUCAAAAUGUAAUUUCAAUAUGGAUCUAGAUUAUUUUAUAUAAAUGAAAAUAGCUAUAAUGAUUAUUCCACUUCAAAAACAGACUGUCCGUAUGAAAAAUUACAAUAUGCUGCAGUAGGUUUGGUGUAAAGUUAGUUUUAUUCUGAAAUUUUUAACUUGUGAUCAAAGUGCACUUGAAGCAAAUUUGUGUUUUAGUUGAUAAAAUGAGUAAUACUAAAUUAGAUUUACCUAUUUAUGUGCAUAAAGAUUUCAUUGCAAUAUAAUGUAUCAAACAUUUUGUUUAAUACUUUUAAUCAGUUUUAAAAUCAUUAACAUUAAAAACUUUUUAUGCAUAUGUUUUUUCUUUGCAGAAAAUAUAAGUUAUUCAAGGACUACAGUGUUUUUCUUCCUAUUGUUGUGAACAGUUCACGAUAAAUUCAACUUUUUUUUUUCUUUUUAUUAGCCACAAGGUAUCCUACCUGUUUCCUAAGAGCAAGAUUUUGGCUUGUAAAUGUAUAAAAUUCUGUUGUUCUUGCAACACACAUUACUGGAAAAAUUCUUUAGCUGCAUUUUGUUGAAAAUUUAUUUCUCUAUUAAUUUGACAGGAUUAUAAACUGUUAAUCAUAAGUUUAUUUUUCAACACCAUUCAUUUUUGAAAUUAUAUUUUGUAAUGUUUAGAUAAGAUUUCAACUGUGUCAGUCUGUUUUGGUUUCCAGAGGACUUUUCAUAGAACUCUGAAAAUUUUGCACAUUUUCAACCUUCAAAGUGGGAGGUGGUACUAGACAUUUUAUAAUAUGCAAAAUUUUAUGGAAAAUUAAAACAAAAAACCCACUUAAUGACUGAAUUACUAAUUACUUUUUGGCAACUUUUAGUUAUUUCCUUCAAACUUUCUUAUUACAGUCGCUUUUCUAAAUUUAUAGCUUGGUAGUAUAGUGAGUUUUUGCAUUUUUAUGUCCUUUUUUUGGUAUACAUAACUAGGAUUAUGUUAAGCUUUAUUAAUUUAAAGAUUUGAUUGAUCUAAGUUUGAAGCCAUUCAGUAUAUAUUGAACCUAUAAAAUCGCCAAGACACAAGUUUGAUUGAGACAGUAGAGGUGAGCAUAGAAAUUAAUUUCUUUAGCUGUUUUGGACAUAAAAUUGUGUUGAAUUGUGAGUUUGUUCCUUUGGGGAUAAUUUGCACUAUAUUUGAAGUAUUAAUUAAUUUCUCAAAAUUUUAAAAAGCACAAGGUAAUGUCUCAACGUGAGCCAUAUUUUGUUUCAUGGUGCUCAGAUAAUCCUAAUGAUGCCACUUGCUACAGAUUUAUGCGUAGAUUAAUUUCCCUUUGUAAAAUGUACAUUUAAUAUGUAACUCUUCAGAAAUUUCUUGUUGGUUUUAUCUGACCUAUAUUGUUUUUUAUAUCAAAGAUCAUAUACUGAAGUUAAGUUACCUUUGAAACCUCUGAACUCUUACAACCAAUAAGUUUUCAUAAUUUUUUAUGUUCAAGUUCAAAAUAUUCAAGCCAAAAUUAUCCAUAAUUUGCUAGAUAUGAUAUAGACAGAUUUAAAAUUUAAGUUAUGCAGUAGGUUAUUAGAAAAUAUAUAUUUCUAUAUUUCAUUACCAAAAAAUGACAAAUUUAGUUGUUAGUAAAAAAAACAAACAUCGUACCUAAAAAUGGCCAAGCACUUUUUUCUGAAGAUUUUUAAAUGUUUGACUCAUGUUUGUUGGUAGUUUCUAUCUUUAACAAUCAUUGUACCAUAAAUUACAAGAUGAUAAAAAACAUAUAACCCUAGCGCUUUCAAACAGUUUGCCCCUGAUGAAGAAAGGGCCACCUUUUGAAAGUGCUCGGGUUAUAUGGUUUUUAUCAUCUUGUAUCAAGACUUCUUGAACCUUCAACCAACUUAAUCUUUUUUGUAAUUAAUUAUUUCAAAAUCAAAAUUUCAAUGUUCAACUUAUGUUUGUGUGCUAUAGUGUGAAAUCCACUACAGUCAACCACUGUGAUCUAUUUUGGAAUCAAAUACGUUUUGAAUAGGAAAGAUGUAUAUAAAUGUAGACAGAACAAUAUUUGCAUGAUUUGGUGAUAAUCUGUGAACACUAAUGAAAAGGCAAGUUAAUAAGUGUCACUGCAACUUGAACAGUCAUUUAGUGCUCUCUGUUCCAACUUAUAUAAACACCAGCUGGUGUAAGAUUGGUGGCAGAUUUUAUUUAUUUAUGUACAUUCGUUUUUAAUGUAAGACUAUUAUAUUUUCAAGUGUUCAAAUAAAAAGCACUAUUCAAUCACCAACAAACAAUUGUUGUUCAAUCAGAGCAUAUUUUUUUCUUUAAGACAGCAUUGAUUUUUUUAUAAGAAAAGUAUAGACUUUGUUUGUUAAUUAGAAUAUUAGUAGCAACUUGAUAAGUGUUUAAGGAAAAAGUCAUUAUAAAAGGAAACAUUAUUAAGAAUCAUUUUAUGAAGUCGUAAUGUAUAUUUCAUGUUGUGGAUGAUAAAUGUUAGUUAUUUUGAAGUAGUGUGUGUAAUGGAAUCUGGAGAAAAUUUAAAGUAUCUUCAGUUUCAUAUUUUAAGUUUUGAAAAAAUAUUUUGAUUUCAUUAUAAUCUACAUCACUUAGCUAGUGAAUUUUUUAAAGCUUGUUCAUACUGUAAAACCAAGGCCACAGUCAACAGUUUAAGUAUUAUAAUAAAAUAUUCUAU